CAACUCGUUUACUCAAUCCACCCUCCUUUCCUAACCUCUUUUAUCUCUCUCUUUCUCUCUCGUUUUAUUUUCUUGAUUUGUUCUUAUCUCCUUUGUCACCGUCUCUCUUGCAAUCCCCUGUCUCUGUGCUUCCAAGGGGAAAUAAACAAGAAGAUGGCAGCUACUUACAACACAAAUGGAGACGACACUCUUGCUGCCCAUGAUCACGAGUCAAACUCAGCACAAAAGAAAUAUGGAGAAAUAAUGCCAAAGAAGAAGCCUCUGAUCUCCAAGAAUCAUGAAAGGGCCUUCUUUGACUCGGCAGAUUGGGCGUUAUGCAAGCAAGCUGCAGGAGUUGAUCCGAUAUCAUCAGUGUAUGUAGAGAAUUUGCAGCCAAAACUGCAGAGAACACCUCACCAACAGCUUCCUCCACGGAGACCUGCUUGCAGUUCUGGAAGGGAUGGCCUCAUUAGCUCCUCUACUUAGAUACAUAGGUCCGUAUAAUGGUAUAAAUAUAAGAGGCGGAUAUUGACGAAUAUGUAAACUAAAUGACUUGGUCCUUAUGUUCAUGUUCAUCUAUGUAAUCUGCACAUAAUGGAUCCUAGCUAGCUCUGCACAUGCUUAAAACACACACACAGCUACAUAUCAAUACAAAGUUCAUUGCUCUCAAUAAUAAGAAAUCUGUUCAGUAAA